AUAUCCUGAUUGUCAACUCAAUAUGCUUAGAACACAGCUCAGCUUAUUUCUCCUAAUCUUAGUGAAUGUUUGUGAAAAUCUAGCCGCCACAUGGAAUGUAUUGAAUUCUGAGCUUCUAGCUCUACACAAUGCAUAUAGACGAGAAAUAAAAUUUGGCAAAGUUCCAGAUCAACCACAUGCACUGAACAUGAUCAGACUGGAAUGGAGUUAUCAAUUGGCUGAAUCGGCUCAAUUGUGGACAAAUCAUUGUGUACCAAUACGAAGUAACAUAUCCAUGAGGAAUAGUUCGAAAUGGACAUAUGUCGGUCAGAAUGUAGCUGUGGUUUCACAAGUUAAAGAUGCAGUGUCUUUGUGGUUUGAUGAACACAAGAACUACAAUUUUACUAAAAAUACUUGCGCGUCGAAUAAAUUAUGUGCAGAUUACAAACAGCUAGCCUAUGCCGACACUACACACAUUGGCUGUGGCUAUGCAAGAUGUAAAAACCUGAAUGCACCGAGGAACAUUAUUGUUGUUUGCAACUACGGACCAGGUGGCAAAUUUUCCUAUCGUAAACCCUACCAUGCUAUAUAUCCAGAUGAUUUAAGCGAUUUCUAUCUUUAACUUGAUCAACUACUAUGACCGUUUAUCACAUUCAAUGAGAAUAAUAUUCAAACUAUUCAGUAUAUUUUAAUGUUGUGUGAUUGAUUGAUUCAUUGAGAAUUUUCACUGUUUUUGUCAAAAUUUCUUAUUCCAUUUUUUUUCAUAUGAAUUAAAGUUGACUAAUUCAAUUUGUUAAUUGUUUCAAGUGUGUCUUGCACAUUCUCUUGUUUUAUCUUACAUCUCUCGCUCUGUAUAGCAGUCUUAUUAUGAUUUCUACAUGUGAGUGUUGUGUACAAGUAGUUAUGAAGUUUAUUUGAGAAGACUAUUUCGUGAUUGCCAGUAUGUCGAGUUUAGUCAACAUGAGUGAAAUUGAAUAUAACGCUAUUAUGAGUUUCGCAUAAUGGUCAAUUCGGUGGCUUAAAUGUGACUGUAAUUCUCCGUGUCCAUUUUCACACAUCAUUCGUAUUCAUUACAGUUUCACAACCUCCAUUCCAAACAUCUGUGACAAAUGGGAAAGUUGUGUACAGACAUACUGACAUUCAAGUUUAGCUUAGACCUAUUCAUCCCUUUGAAUCUCACAUCAGUUGCUGAUUAUCGGAACACACCUUCAGUUACAUCUCACGACUGAACUAAAUUCAAAUGGAAG